AUGGCUUGCUCUAUAGAUCUUGGACACAGGGUCUUUCGCUCUUCAGAUUCUGACUUAAGCCUAUCUUUAAGUUCCUCUUUGCUAAUGCUACUUCCGCCACAGCACGCCAGACGAAACAGCCUUGAGUGUCUCAAAGAUGCUCUUGUUUCCCGAAAUAUUUGGGUAUUCCAAACACCGGAGCUCAAACUGAACCUCUGCGUUGCCUCUAGGUCGAACAUGGGCUAUCCUCUUUCCAGAUUCGUUUCUCAGUUAGGUGAUGUUAUUUGCAAAGCGAAGCUCUGGUCUGAUCUAGAGCUUAGUAUUCUCUUCAAAAGCUGUAUCCACAGGCUCGAACGCAACGACUCCCUGUUCAACCUCUCUUUCGGUAUACGGAAAAGACCCGCUUUAUCGAACCAGAAAAAGCCUGCGAAGCUCCCGGGUAUCCUGAAGAAUCUGGGCGAUUUAGUUCCUCCUGUCAAUAUAAUGGCCGCUUGCUUGAUAGCCAUUGACAUCUCUUUGCUAUACGAUCACUGUCACCGCCAGUCCACACCACUGUACACAAUUUCCCUCGCAACACAAAUCGAUUGCUAUGGGGAACUGGAAAGAGAUACACUCGAUAUUAUGCGCAUUAAGCAUUUAGAUGGUAUGGGACAAAGUGCGGUACAUUUUCAGUUCAAGAGCCCUAGCAAAAAAAAUGGCGAUUCUUUAUCUGAAGAGGAACCAUCAGCAUUGAAUAAUGAGCAAGAGUUCAUUCUUUUCUCUGCGGAAAAAAGAACUGAUUCUUCAAGCCUUGAGUCCCUAUUUGACCUCGGAUUCAAGGCACUUGUUGGAGGGGGUCCACGUCAAAGGCAUAAUAAAGAAAAGAAAUAUAUGAAAAAUGAUCUUCAAUGUCUAUCAGAGAUAGCGCCCUCCGUUUUUAACACUGAGUAUCGCAAUGCUAUGAACCAAAGAUCUCGAUUAAUACCAUCGAUUGCAAAAUCCAUCAUGUCCAUACUAAAGUUAAGCGACAACCAAUCUCUGAAGGACAAACUCACCGCCAUAGAAGUAUCCUACAGCGCGAAACUACAAUCAUGGACCUCGGAAACAAUCGUUAACAAUACGCGAACCGUGCUGAAAGCAACUCUCUGGAAUAUCGCGCAGAAAUCGCUCUGUGAGACCGAAAGGCCGCAAAAAAUAAGCCCGUUAUACUCCACGGAAAAUCAGAUACCAAACGACAUCCUGUUUUCAGAAGCGUGCACAGAAGAUUUAUUCGACAUAAAUGACUAUACCACCAUCUAUAGCGAUUCAGACCCGUACUUGGGCACCGAAGAUGGCUACGAGUAUGAUGACACAGAAGGAGCAGCCUCAAUCCUUUUCUCAGGCGAUAACCUCUCUGAAACGUCCGCGGAAAGGUUACCCGGUGAUCAAACCGAUUUAGACCCAGAGAUAUAUACCACAACAACAUCCGAAACUAUAAACGGAUCUAGCUGGAAAAUGCAGUACCCUCCUAUAUCAAAACAUUCAGGCUAUGUUGAAACCUAUCAAGAAGACAGUGGACUACUCAUAGACGACGUUUUCGAAGAUUCUCUCUCUGGCCAAACACCUCAUUCACAUCCCUUAGAGUUUUAUACAACUAAGUAUCCCGAUCAUGAAGAAACCGACCUGAUGUUGUCCGAUGAUUAA